AUGGGGACCACGACGGCGUCACCCCUCGAGAAGGUCCCACGCUCUGUUGGUUGUGGAGUGGCGAGCCGGUUUGUCUGCAGCUCGACUGGCAUAACCACACAGUCGUUUUAUUGCGGUCACUCCGUCGGCAUCACCCGCCGCGGUGGUGUCCGCAAGAGCCGCAGCCCCGAUGAGGAUGGCCUCGUAGUUAUCUGGCAGCCCAGAACUUCAGGCCAUUCGCCCUUCAGGAUUGCCCUGCAGCUCGACUGGCGCAGCAGCGGCCAGGCAUCGUACUUCUCCAGGAGUGCAGGCACCAGUGUGCCCAGCGACGAGGCUCGUUGGCUGUGA